CGAAACAGCAGUAGUCGACUAGUCGCGUUGUGUUCACUGAACCAAACACAACACAACACAACACAACAACCCAACCAUUCCCAAAUCCCAAUCCAAAUGACGUGAACUCCAAAACAUGUCCUCCGUGCACUGGACCUCCCACGCGCUCAACGGCGGAGCGCUCCGCCGCGUCGACCUCGACUCCGGCACCAACGGCUGGGCCUCCCCUCCCGGCGACCUCUUCCUCCUCCGCUCCACUAAUUACUUCACCAAACGCCAAAAAACCCCCGCCGGCGACUACCUCCUCUCCCCCGCCGGCAUGGACUGGCUCAAGUCCCCGUCAAAGCUGGAGAACGUCCUCGGGCGGGCCGACAACCGCGUGGGACAGGCCCUUCGACAGGCCCAGGCCCAAGGGAAGUCCCUGAAAAGCUUCCUCUUCGCGGUCAACCUCCAAAUCCCGGGGAAGGAGUACCACAGCGCGGUGUUCUACUUCUACACGGAGGAGCCGGUCCAGUCCGGUUCACUCCUGGGGCGGUUCAUCGAGGGCGACGAGGCGUUUCGCAACCAGCGGUUCAAGCUGGUGAACCGGAUCGUGAAGGGGCCGUGGAUCGUGAAAAAGGCGGUGGGGAACUACAGCGCGUGCUUGCUGGGGAGGGCGCUGACGUGUAACUACCACAGGGGACCUAACUACUUGGAGAUUGACGUCGACAUUGGGAGCAGCGCCAUCGCCAACGCCAUCCUGCGACUCGCCUUGGGCUACGUCACCACCGUCACCAUCGAUAUGGGCUUCGUCGUCGAGGCCCAAACCGAGGACGACUUGCCCGAGAGGCUCAUCGGGGCGGUUAGGGUUUCCCAGAUGGACAUGUCCGCCGCCACACUCGUCGAUGCCCCCAACGCGCCGCGCGGUAACAAGGUCAACCACCUUAGCGCUAACGACGAAUAAUAUAUAAUUUUUUUUAUUUUAUUUUUGUGUUUAGAUAAUUUCAUUUCGCCAGCUGCCUGUAAUUUUAGGCUCUUUUUUCGGGACUAAUAAACAUUUUUCCUCAAAGCUUGCAUUUUUAGCUCUUUGUUCCUUGCAACACUUGAAAUGAAAACCGCAACGCAUGCUGGCUUGGUAUUAUUGUGAUGCAUGAUUCUUCCAAUUCAUUGUUAUAAAAUAUGUUAAUUAUGAGAAUCGAACAGCCAAGAAGAUAGUACUUGUGUUUUAUUGGAUGAUAAGAUUGAGAGAUGGUGGGAUAGUGGGACAGCCAUGAUUAUUGCUAUUUUAUUCUUCCUCAGCUGUCAUGCUGUUCAGAAAUCAGAAUAUAGCUCUAAAGCUCUACCAAAAAUGCAUAAUGUACCUUUAAAAGAGCUUUUCUUUUAAUCUGAAUUUGUUCUCCUAUUUGAAUCUUCACCGGAGUCUACAACAUUCGGUGAGUGUAAACUGUGUUGCUUUUGAGUUGGAGGUUCAAAUUCAUUUA